AUGGGGUACAGAUGGCAGCCCUGGUAUAUACAUAUAUCUUUAGAUGCUACAACUAUCGCUAAAGAACUCAAUUUUAAUCUUGCAACUACUGAUCCUAAUGAACCCAAACCACCUCAUGGACCCGUUCGAAGAGCUCCCAAAACAUGGGCAAUCACUGCUUGGACACAUGUUUCAAGAGAGACAGUGAUGGCUGAAAUUAAACGACAAUUUGGCAUUGAAUACCUUCAAUAUGUAUGCGUAGCACAAGAAACAGGCGAUCUUAAUAAUAGACCUCAUCUUCAUAUACAAAUAAUUCUCAAAGAAAGAAAAGAUAAAAAAACAUGGUUUCUCGAUGAUAUUACAAAGACACACUGUAAUUAUCAAGUGACAGAUAAUGAUCGUGCAUGGAACGAAUAUAUAAAGAAACAACACAAUUUCAUUGAAUUUGGAACCUUUAAAUCAACAACAUCAUGGGCUGAAAAACAAUGGCCAUCAUCACCAUCUUCAUUCACAACAACACACUCAAGAGAUCACAAUCAAACAUCAGUACCAAGAGGAGCACCAACGGCAACAACAAAUGUCCGAUCGAAAAUUGACGACAACCAGCAAAGAAAAAAUGCCAUCGCAUCAGAAGCUUUUGAUAUAGCAAAAAUAAACGUUUACGAUGCAAUGGAUUUCAUCCAAAAAGCUCGACCAUGGGAUUUUCUUAAUCAUUCUCAAUGGUAUGAGACUGCUUUUAAAUAUAUACAUCUACGUGCACAACACGAAAUGGAUCGAACUGGUAUUAACAUUCGCCCUAAAGAAUAUACAUGGCCUGAUUCAUUUCCGGAUUGUACUCCAGGUCUACGUGCAGUCGUCAACCGUUGGAUAAGACAUCAUUUGAAACGUAAAUCCCGAGCUAAAUGUUUGAUUUUAAUUGGACCUACGGGCACAGGCAAAACAUCCUUUGCUAAAUCAUUAUCGGGUCGUUACAAUUAUUUCAAAGGUCGAUGGCGACUCGAUGGUUGGAAUGAUUAUGCAAAUUACUCAAUCUUUGAUGACAUCGAUUGGGACAAAUUCGAAGACAAGGGCUUUCCUGAUAAAAAGGAUCUUUUUACACAAAAUGGUCUUACAAAUGCAACUGAUAAAUAUAAGAAAAGUGUGGAAAUUAACAUUCGACAACCGGCCAUUGUUCUUUUAAAUCCAGGUCCACCUGAAGGUUCAUUAAGACGGGAACCAACAACCGAUGACGAACGACAUGUGGCAGAAUUUUGGAGCAAACGAAGUGUUAUCUUUCGAAUGGGUAAUCGAUGUUCAAAAUGUUUUUCCUAUUUAUCUAAUGAACCUUCUUUCUAUAUUAUUUAUAAUCUACGAAAUAUAGGUUCCAAUGAAUACUUUUAUAAGAAGCCAUUGGUUCCGACUAAUGAUGAAAAUCAAAUAUCAAGCAGUUCUACGAUUGUUUCCGAUGAUGAACUUAAGACUAGUGGUGCUGAGUAA